GCAUCAAGCAAGUGUUAAGAUCAUUAUCCGUGUACCUUACAAUCAAUGCGGUUAUCUUACACUAUGACAUUGUUAAAUCUUAGUGCAUUACCGAAUAUUGUUUAUACGAAAAAUAAUAAACUACUCAAAUUUAGAUUGUGGUUGAAUGGUUUUGCUUUAAUUCAUCAACUUGUUAUGGCAAUCAAGUUAUUAAGUAUAAAUUUUAGAGACGCAGAUGAUCCUAAACUGUGGCCAUACCAACAAUAUAAAUGGAAAUUCAUCACAGCCUGGUUCAAUAUUUUAAUUUUAGGCUAUUUGCCGAUAUCUAUUUAUUGUGACUGGCGAGAAUUGAAUGGCAAAACUGACCAGCGUCAUGUCAAAGUUCUCAAUCAAGUUCGAUUUAUUUGUUUCACCAGCAUGAUUCUUCCUACGACUGCCUUUUCAGAUAUACUAUUCUGGCGUCUCUGGAACAAAAAUCGGGAAUUGGUUGUACCGGCAUUUGUCGAUACACUAGUACCAUUAUGGGCACAGCAUUGUAUGCACACGGCCUCUCUAAUCUUUGUUAUACUAGACCUAGUGCUUGUCCCAAGAAGGCGGCCAGAUAACCUGAUACUGGGUUUAGUGCCAAUGUUCAUAUUUAUUGGAUCUUAUGCAAUUAUGUUAUUGAACUGCGUCUAUAACGAAGAAUACAUCUAUCCAGUUCUGAAGUUGCUAAGCCCCUUCAAACUGUUUUUAUUGGCGAUGUUUACAUUUCUGGAGAACUGUUUUUAUUAUACUUGUCAAUGGUUCAUUAUUGAUAUGAUUUGGGAUAAGCAUAAUAAUGUUAAGCCUAUUAAAUCCCAUGGAACGCUUUCCGGAUCAAUAAAUCCUGUAGCGAAGAAACAUUAUACACGGCGACAAAUAUCACGCCUUUCUUACGGUGCUUAAACAACAAACUAAAUUUUAUUAAUUUUUUUUUAUUAUAACAAGUUUUUAUAUAAAUUGUAUGGUGUAGGAGAUUAGAUUUAAUGAUAAAGUCAGAAGGCGGUUGCAAGAAUUCCUAAAUUGAACUAAUAUACUAUUCUCGAUGAGUAGUUGAUUAAAGAAAGGUGAUUAGAGACUGAUGAUGCUUAAAAAUCAACACAAGAUCUACAAUUGCAUUUUUUUUUACAAAUUUUGCUAUUAUAUAUUUUUUACUUUUAAUAAAUGUAGUUUUAUGCAUGUAUGAUUUAAUAUAAAAUUAUGUAUUAUGAAUAAAAUGUACAUAGAACGUAAGGAAGUGACACCGUGUGAUGACAAAUUAAGAAUGCAGUAUAUCAUCACUUUAUUUUAUCCAGAGUAUAUUCUAAGACAUGACUAUAAUAGGCUAGAAUAUAAUAGAAAAAAAAAACUCAAAACUUUAAGGCAAAUGGUUCGUCUAGUACAAUAAUACAAGUUACCAUUUACCAUCAGAUGGGCCGUUGUUUGCCACUGUAAGCUGCAUAAAAAAAUAUACCUAUAUUGAUUUAUACUAAUAUAUUAAAGUGAAGUGUUUGUUUGAACACAUUAAUCUCUGGAACUACAACCAGUCAGAUUUGAAAAACUAUUUUUGUAUUUAAUAACUCUUUUUCUUGAGGAAAUUUAGGGGUGAAGUCACCAUAUACAGGUAGUACCUUAAAAGAAGAAACCUGUGCCCACCAGUGAGAUAUUAAUAGAUUGUUAAGUUGUUGAAAUGCAAGUAAAUGUCAGAGAAAAUUUUUAUUAUUUUCCUAUUGUGUAUCGAUUUCCAACAUAUAGUUGGAAAUCGGUUAAGUAGAAGAACAUAUACGGAAGUGACAAAUGUAAUAAACCUAGUAACAAAGUUAUAAUGUGUGAGUUUGGCAUCCAAUAAAAACUUUUUGGAAAUUCCCAAGGGAAUAGAGAACAUAAAGGAGUGUGAGUAGAGUCGAGUGGUUCGAGCUAAGUAUUAUUUAUCUAUAAUAUUUUCAACAAUAUGUGAACGUAAGAAGAUAUUGUUUUAAUAUUUUAUGAAAUCCAUAAUUAUCUAAAUAUAUGUUUAGAGUCUUCCACAAACAAAGUAACUUUAUAGCCAGACGAGCCUUAUUAGUUACUAUGGAAGGCUCGAAAAGUUGGUUGAUUAUUUAAUUUUAUUUAAUUAUGUUUGUUCAAGAAAAAUGUUCCGUUAUAAUAAAAUAACUCUCUACUAAAAUAAUAAUACUCAUAUAAAAAUACUGCAAAUGAUUUUGGAUUUAAUAACAAUCCAGUUAAAUAUUAUUUUAUCAAUUAACAUUGGUAUUUGUAGUGACUGAUACAGGCGAAGUUGCAUGCAAACCGUUACAAUUUAAUUAAUUCAGCAAGCAAUAAUGACUUCGAAAUAUUCAUAUUGCUUUGUGGUUAUGCUUUGAAGGCUUAUACUGAAAUUUCUCUCAAGUUUUGUUACUGUAUUUGAUAUUAUAUGUAUUUUAGAAAUACUUUUAAGUAUUUUUUUUUUAUUUAAAUCAUCGUUAUGUCUGUCCUUAUUAAUGAAAUGGUGCAGUAUAAUAAAAGUAUAAGCAGCGG